AUGGGCUCACGUCUCCUCACGCCUCAUGCUGGCUGCGAUGCGCUCGAUGCACUUGUGCGAGUCGUGCAACACGACGGAAAACUUUCGUCCACCACUGCCUGUGGGCAAACGUCAGGUGUUUUGCUCAUUCCAGUUGCAGUGAGGAGGGAUGAUGAUGAUGAUGAUGAUGCAGUCUCCUCCUCUCACCUCCUCCUCCCACCUCGACUCUCCUCGUCUCGUCUCGUCUCACUUGUCAUCCACGUCGUUGUGAUUGUCUCGUUGUCUCGCCUUCCCCUCAUCCCCUCACUCCUUCCCUUCUUCAUUCCUCCCUUUGCACCUACACCUCUACGCGAAACGCACACACCUUCACAAGCAGUACUUCACCACCCAACUCACGGUGAAUAA